ACUUCGAAGUAUCCAUGUAAUCAUUAGCCCUUCUGGAGCUUGCUCAGUUCUACUAGUAGUUCCUGAGUUCCUGGGUGUUGAUUUUAUCAUCAGACUGUUUCUACUCUUACCGGAGGGGUAUCGUUGCACAGUUGCAAGAACGAAGCCCUAGCUGUCCGGACUGCACGAAGCCAACGCAGGUCCAAGCACAUCAAAGAGGUGACCAAAGCCGAGGAGCCGCGAAGACAGGAAUCGUGUGUGCUUCAGCUCGUACAACGCCGCAGCGGUACAUCCCCGGACUUCGCGAAGACGACAGCCGCCAUGAUGAGAGCCACAGUUCUCCUCAUGGCCAGUCUGCUAUGGAUUGUGCAGAUGACCUGGACGCCAUGCCAGGCAGUCCGAGCCGACAACCAGCAGUCGUGCAUGUCGCAGUUGCUCCACGCCUCCCAUCUCAACUCCAGCCUCAUUCCACACAUCGAGCACCUUCUCCUCAGGCACGGGCUGGACCAGGCCACGUUCAGCACGGGUGACUACAGCGCGGUAUCCGGACUCCUGAGACACAUUGGUAUCAAGAACCCGGUGGAGAUCUUCCA